UCAGUUGGAAGUCUAUUCCUCACACGGCAAUAUGAAAUUCCUACUGAUUCUUGUGGCGGCUCUGGCCUUUGGUUCUUGUUUCGUCUUGCGUUCAGAAGAUGGUUGUACUCAACAAUACUAUCCGGAUCCCACUAAUUGUAGUAGAUUUUACGAGUGUUCCAAUGGCGUGUUAAGUUUGUUUAAUUGCUCCACGGGACGAUACUUCAGCUCUAUAUUAAACGUUUGCGUAUGGCCCGAAGACUCUGAUUGCAAAAUUGUCACAGCGGAACCAAACCCCUCCCCAUCUACCGCGAGUACCGCUAGUUCCUCAACAAGUGCACCAACAACUGCCUCUCCAGCAAGCUCGGCACCUACAACCGCUAGUCCACAAACUUCACAGUCGAGUACCGCCAGUCCUUCAACAAGUGCACCAACAACUGCUUCUUCGGCAAGCUCGGCACCUACAACCGCUAGCCCACAAACUCCACAGUCGAGUACAGCCAGUCCCUCAACAAGUGCGCAAUCAACCUCAGCAUCUACCAAAUCAGAACCUACAACGGCCAGCCCACAAACUUCGCAAUCUAGUACAAGUGCUUCAACAGCUUCCUCGACUACAUCAACGACUACCACAAAAGCUCCGACUACAGCUAGGGUAGCUAGUAGCACAACGAGAACAACAGCGCAGACCAGUCGUACAACAGCUAGGUCAACUACAACAAGAAGACCUUCUGUUCCAACGAGGACAACCAGAUCGACCACUACGACUACUACCACGUCUACCACGACCUCGCCGACCACAACGAAGACAACCAGUACUUCGACGACCACAAAACCAACAACAACUACGCAAUCCACAACAAUUAUAACAACAACCACUCCGGAAGAGGAACCUAGCAAUUCGGAAGAAAGUUGUUCUGAUUCAAGUGAUUCAUCUAGCGACUCAUCCUCUUCGAGCGACUCGUCCUCUUCAAGCAGCUCAUCUUCUUCAAGCGAUUCAUCUUCUUCGAGCGAUUCAUCUUCUUCGAGCAGCUCAUCGUCUUCGAGCGACUCAUCUUCUUCGAGCGACUCAUCUUCUUCGAGCGAUUCAUCUUCUUCUAGCGACUCAUCUUCAUCCAGCGAGGAAGAUAAGAAGAAAAGUGACGAAAAGAAGAACAAAAAUUGUUCAAAGAACAAUAGCAAGUCAAGUGAAAAAAAACACAAGAAAUCUUCUAGUGAAGAAAAGAAACACAAAAAAUCUUCGGCCAGUGAAGAGAAAAAGAACAAAUCUGGAGAAAAAAAGAAGGAACUUGAAGAAAAUCUUGAAUUUUUGAAACCGACGAGGACUUUGUAUGAACCUAUAAUGGUAAAUCAGGUAGUGUGAAAAUGGAAUGAUAGCAUUAUGCUAUAGUCAUUCUCUAAAUAUAAUAAACAUACUAAUGUGACUUUUUUACUCUAAUGGUU